GACUAUACUCUAUAUUUGGUUACUGACAGUGGGCUUAUUCCAGAGGGGUUGACAAUUUACGAUCAAGUUGAAGCAGCGUUGAGAAAUGGAGUCACGAUUGUCCAGUUAAGAGAGAAAACAUUAGAAACUAAGGAUUUCAUUGAAAGAGCCAAUAAGAUCCAUGAGUUAACUCUGAAAUAUAAGGUCCCUUUAAUUAUCAAUGAUAGAGUGGAUGUGCUUCUAGCAUGUGGUGCAGAGGGAUUACACAUUGGGCAAGAUGAUAUGGAUCCUAUUGUAGCUAGGAAAUUGAUAGGGGAUGAUAAGAUUUUGGGGUUGAGUUGUAGUAAAGAAACAGAAAUUGAAAGGGUUAUUGACAAUUUGGAAGAAUGCAAGAUUGAUUAUAUUGGGAUUGGAGCAGUUUUUCAAACAAAUACCAAAAAAUUGAAAAAAAUUCCAUUUGGAAACAAAGGAAUUAGGAGGUUGUUAUUAAAAUUGAGAGACUAUAAAAAUGGGAUUGGCAAGGAUAUCAAGUCAGUUAUAAUUGGAGGGUUAAAUAAAAGUAAUAUCCAAGGAGUGUUAUACACAAGUUCAGUCCCAGGGAAAGCCACUGAUGGUGUUGCAGUUGUUUCAUGUAUUAUGGGAGAGAAGGAUGCUGGAAAAGCAACAACUGAUACACUAGAUUCAAUCCAAAAAGCUGGACCAUGGUACAAAAAUAUUGAUAAUGGUGAGAAUAACAGCGAUUUUAAAUUGGUUCCAACAGACAAAUCAAUUUUAAACGUUCAAAGAUUAAAUCCGUUGGUUCACCAUAUUACCAAUGAAGUUGUUACAAACUUUUCAGCCAAUGUUACAAUUGCAAUUGGGGGGUCGCCUAUAAUGUCCCAACUUGCUGGAGACUUUAAGGACUUGAAAAAAAUACCCAAUGCUGGUUUCUUAUUAAAUGCAGGCACUAUUACUGAAAUUACGAUUCCAAUUCAAAUUGCAGCAAUUAAAGAGUACAAUUCGUAUGGAGUUCCAGUAAUUUUAGAUCCUGUUGGAUGUGGUGCAACAGCAGCAAGAAAGGAGUAUAUGAAAAAACUAUUAAAUUCCGGGCAUUACUUUUCGGUUAUCAAAGGGAACUCAGGAGAGAUUUUAACAGCGUCAGAUAUCGGGCUUGGAGUUGAAAUGAAAGGAUGUGAUGCUAUUGAAAAUGAAGAUAAUAAAGAAAAUUUGAUCAAAGCAGCUAAAAAAUUGGCUUUGGAACAAAGGUGUGUUGUUGUUGUGAGUGGUAAGGAAGAUAUUAUCGUUGAUGGGGUGAUGGAAGGCAGAGACAUAAACUUAGCAGAAUAUAACCCAAACACACUCAUUCAACGAGCUGUGAAAAUCGUUGGUGGUCAUGAACUAAUGGGCAAAAUUACAGGCUCUGGAUGCUCAUUGGGAAGUACCAUAACAACUUUUGUUGCUGCCAGGCAAGCACUGGACACAUUUUCCAGUGUUGUAAAUGCAGUCAGGUUGUACAACGAGGCUGGCUACAGAGCAGGCAUUGUUUCAAAGGGCCCAGGAUCGUUUAUGAGCAAUUUUAUAGACGAGUUGUAUCUUCUCAGC